AUUCUGGUUUAUAGAAAGGAGCCACAUAGUAUGACCCAAACCAAUACAUAUUAAAAACGACUCAUAAAAUGCUUUUCGCAAUUUCCAGCCCAAUACCUCUCCCUAACUAUAUCUGUAAAGUAGAUCUUCCAUCGUCAUCAGGCCUCUCUCUCUCUCUGCUGGCCUUUCUUUUCCUAUAUAUUUCUGGAGAAAAAGCUCUGCAAACUGCAAAUAACCAUUCCAUGUUGUCGAUCCACUUUUAACAGUUUCCACCCACUUCACAAUUGUCUACAUAAUCAUCGAAAGUUCCUCAAUUUCUCGAAAGGUAUCAGCAAUUGUACAUCAACAAGUCUUCUUCUUUGGUUUUUUUUGUACCAGUAUUAGAUUUCAAGAAUGCCGAUUCCGGGAUCUUCAUCCACGACGAUGGGAACUGAAGGUCCUGAAGAAAGUGACAAGAAUUCCGAGCCCUUGAUUCCUGGGUUACCGGAAGAGAUCGCCGAAUUGUGCCUUCUUUUCCUUCCUUACCCGUACCAAGCUUUGGCACGAUCGGUUUCAUCUUCGUGGAAACGAACCAUUACAGACGCUAGCUUUCUGAUCUACAAGACAGCCCUAUCGCUUUCUCUGCCCUACAUUUUCAUAUUGGCGUUUCAAGAAUCGACGGCCAGUAUUCAAUGGCAGUCUCUCGACCCGCGAUCCAGACGUUGGUUUGUCUUACCUCCCAUGCCAUGUCCCAUCGCCGCGUGUCAAUCUGGGAUUGCGUGUGCCUCACUGCCACGUCAGGGGAAACUAUUCGUUUUGGGUGGUAAUGGUCUGCGGUCAGGCGCAGAGACUGCCACGCAUACGACGUUUGUCUACGCUACAUCAACGAAUCAAUGGUCGGUGACGUCGCCUAUGCCAUUCAAGCGAUCAUUUUUCGCGGCUGGGAGUAUUAAAGGAAAGAUCGUAGCCGUUGGAGAAAGUGGGCCCAGCACCACAGAUCAAAUCGCAGCCGCAGAUUGCUAUGAUCCAGAAAGCGACACGUGGACUGAGGUUGCCACGUUAGGCAUGCGGUUAGUGAGGUACGACUCCGCUGUGGUGGAGAACAGGAUGUACGUGACAGAGGGGUGGACGUGGCCAUUCAGAUACUCGCCCAGAGGUGGAGUUUACGAUCCAGAUGAGAACAGGUGGCGGAUGAUGAGUAAAGGGAUGAGGGAGGGGUGGUCAGGGCUGAGUGUUGUACUGGGUGGGAGGCUGUUUGUGAUACCAGAGUACGGAGAUUGUCCGAUGAAGGUGUACGUUCCGGAUGAUGACACGUGGAGGUAUGUGGGUGGGGAGAAGCUACCGCGAGAGGCAAUGAAGAGACCGUUCGCAGUGAAUGGGGUGGAGGGGAGGAUAUACGUGGUGUCGCGUGGAUUACACGUGGCGGUGGGGAAGGUGUUUGAAGGAAAUAAUAAGAAAUGGGAAUUCAGGGUGGAGUGGGAGGUAAUGGCGGCUCCUGAAACGUUUAACGGCUUUUCUCCUCUUAAUUGUCAGGUACUCUAUGGAUGAUACAGAUAAACAUCAUCGGAUGCGAUUCAUCAUAAUCACCAUUGAUGAUCAACUUUCAAGUUUCUUUCACUGAAUAGGAAUUUUGAUGCCAACUCGGAUGUUCCAGUCUUUAGACGUAUAUUCAAUGAAGAUGACGAGGUCCUUGUCUUGUAUAUAAAAAUGAUACAGCUCUACUUAUUGAUUGGAUGUGUACUUAGUCACGCACUUCAUCCUCAAGCCGCCACCUCUUCCAUCAAAUUGAUCUCUCGGUGUCGUUCGGUGGGACUUCAAUUUUUGCUCGCUGUCAAGCCGUCCCUCUUCGCGGCCACCUCCUUCCACCGUGAGCAGCUCCGUGUCAAUUGGUUGUGAAUUUCGGGUUGUGCUGUCCUUGCCUCCGCGCCAUGCGUCCGCACGUAAUGCUUCUUCUCCUCCACGGCUUGUACUGCCGGUUUCCUUCUCCCUACCCGUGUGGCACGCAGCCACCUGCUACCGCCUUGCGUGGCCUAUAAAUAGGUCACGGGUUCCUCAAUUUAAGUAUUUCCAGUCACGUAUUUUCCCUCUCUUGCUUAAGCUCCUCGCAUUUGUUGGUGUUUGAGAUUUGUUCUGUAAUUUUGUUGGUGAACCCGUGAGCUUGUGUUUCUCUAUUUGAUUCUAGAGUUGUGAAAUUUGAACUAAGUUUCUUGGAAUUUUCAUGCUUACCGAGAGUUGAUUUUCCACCCAUUUGUACUAGAUUGAAUUUCUUUUAAGGGAACCCUCUAGAAAAGCCAUUGUUUGAUUCUUGAAAAUCAUUGUUGCCGCCGCUGUGUCGCCACCUUGAGCAACGCUCCUUUCGUUUAAUCUUUCAGAAUUUUUUAUUUUUAGUUGUAUAUAAUUUUCCAGUUUUAUAAUAAUAUUGUUGUAAUUAUCUUUUGUAAACUAUUGAUUCUGUUAAUCUGUUGGUUUGAUUGGAAAUUGGGCCUUGGGCCGGAUUGGAGGACGG